CAAAUGCAAGCAUCAAUCACGUGACAACGCUUGGUUUGUAAAUCGACAAUCACGCACUCUCUCAAUCUCCAAGAAGCUUUCACGAAGCACAUAUCGAAAUGGCUACUGAUUCUCAGUAUGGAGGAUACAACACACAAGGCCAACAACAGAGCUAUGGAGGCUACCCUCAACAAGGGGCUACACAGUCUUAUGGCCAACAACCAUCCUACCAGGGUUAUGGUGCUCAGCCAGCAGCAGCAUCUACUGGCUACGAACAUCAGCCUCAGGCACCACCACCUCAACAGUCAUACCAGCAACCUGCUGCUCAGACCGGCUACUCACAGUACGGUCAACCGCCCACAAGCUCUGUAGGUUCAUCGUAUGGAACGACACAAAAUUAUGGAGCUUCUACUCAGCCACAAAGCUACGGGCAAACAGGUCAAAGUAGCUAUGGACAACCCCAGAGUUCCUACUCUCAGCAACCACAACAGCAGCCCCCACCUGCGGCCAACACAAACACAAGCAGUUAUGGUCAACCAUCUGCCUAUGGUCAGCAGCCAAGCUACGGCAGCUCUGGUGGUCAGUCAAGUUAUGGAUCAUCAUCUAGUUACAGUCAAGGCGGGGGAGCGCCUAGUUUCCCACAGUCCAAUCCACCACCGUCAUCGGGUGGCUAUGGAGGAUCAUCUGGAGGUGGAGGGAGCUCGGGUGGCGGUAGCAGUUACGAUUCUCAAGGUUACUCACAGCCAGGUAGCUAUGGUCAACAAGGUGGCUCAAACAGCUAUGGUGGCGGGCAAGGCGGAGGAGGAUAUGGUGGCAGUGGUGGUUACGGUAAUAGCGGUGGUGGUGGAGGAGGAUAUGGUGGUGGAGGUAGAGGACGAGGCUCAGACCGCAAUGGUGGUGGCGGCGGAGGCAGAGGCUUCGGUGAUCGCCGUGGUGGGGGACGCGGUGGAGGCUUCAAUAGGGACGGUGGAAGCAGCCGUGGUGGUGGAAUGGGUGCCGGUGGUGGUGGCGGAGGAGGCGGCGGUGGCCGAUAUGGAGGAGAUACAGAAAUGAUUGAAAUGCAUGACACCAUUUUUGUCAGUGGUCUUGGAUCCAACGUAACAGAAGCAGCUGUAGCUGAAUUCUUCGGCAACAUUGGUGUCAUUAAGAUGGACAAACGCACAGGUAAACCCAAAGUCUGGGUUUACAGAGACAAACACAAUGAUAACGUCCCCAAAGGAGAAGUUACAGUUACAUACGAUGACCCGCCUACUGCAAAAGCAGCCAUCGACUGGUUCAACGGCAAGGACUUCAAUGGACACAUUAUGAAAGUGGAGCUUGCAAAACGACCGGCAUCAUCGGGUUACGGUAGAGGAGGUGGACGAGGUGGUGGUGGUGGGGGAGGAGGAUUUGGUCGCGGUGGUGAUAGAGGAGGAAGGGGAGGAGGAUUCCGUGGCGGUCGUGGACGUGGUGGCGGAGGAGGAGGUGGUGGCCCAGGUGGUGGACCAUCAAGAGAUGGAGACUGGACCUGCCCAGAAAGCACUUGCGGUAACAACAACUUUGCAUGGAGAGACACGUGUAAUAGAUGUAAAACAGCACGACCAGGUGGCGGUGGAGGCGGAGGUGGAAGAGGAGAUAGUGGACGAGAUUUCCGUGGUGGAGGACGAGGCGGUGGUGGAUUUGGUCGAGGUGGUGGACGAGGCGGCGGUGGUCGUGGAGGAUUCCGAGGUGGUCCAGGUGGUGGUGGAGGAUUCAAGAUGGGUGGAGGUCGUGAUGAUCACAGAAGAGAUCGGCGUGAUAGGCCGUAUUAAAAUUGUAAAAUCUCUUUAAUGUUUUGCGUCUGUUAAUAAACCUUUAUAGUGCAUGAAUGUGUACUUGCAGCCAGCGCGAUUAUUGGAAAAAGUUUUACUAUUGUGUACAACUAGUCAUAAUGUGUGAAUGUUCGUUGUAUUUAGGUCCCUUUUUUAUAUUACACGAUGGAAUAAUGGCCAUAAAAAUUGCGGCUAAUGCGGUAUAGUGCGCAGAGUGAGGUGGGGUUUAAGAGGAUUAGUUUUAUCUUGGAUUACCAAUGCUAAUAUCUUGUUAUUAGAACUGUGGAAUAAAUCUUUUUGAUGUUAAAUAUGAA